GACUUUGCAGACAGCAAGAGCUGUAAAUAAAGUAGUCUCUGUUUGUCAUCCCAAGUCCUGGUCAGAGGAAAACUUAAGACAGCCAGUGUUUAAUGUGUGGGUUUUUUUCUUUUUGAGAUAGUGUGUGGGCUAGGAAAGGGUUCAUGACAGGAACUUUAAGUUGUAAAUAAGAAAGUGACAGAAAAGAGAGAGCUUAUAUAUAGGGUUUGUGAAUAGCUGACAUGCUGGCAAACCAGCAGUAAAAAGAAAACAAGAUUUCUUCUAGAGUGCUUUCUAAAAUCAUUCUAAUGGAAGGAGAGGCAAUGGGGAAUUCAGCGCCAGGCACAAAGAGGACUGCCAGCAAAGCCAUUCGGAUAGCCCUUGGCAUGCUCAUAAGUGGUAUUAUAGUGCUUGGCAUUGCACUUUUCCUAGUUAGCCAAGGUCUUAUAAACCUUCAUCCUAAGCAACAAUAUUGCUUGACUUCAGAAUGUGUUGAAGCUGCUGCCUCCAUCUUAAGUAAAAUAAACCAAUCUGUGGAUCCCUGUGAGAAUUUUUUUCGGUUUGCCUGUGAUGGCUGGACAUCUAAUAAUCCCAUUCCUGAAGACUUGUCAAACUAUGGAGUUUAUCCUUGGCUGAGGAACAAUGUGGACCUCAAGUUGAAAGCACUGCUACAGAAACCUAUCAGCAAGAGACGGGACAGUGAAGCUGUACAGAAAGCCAAGAUCCUUUACUCAUCAUGUAUGAAUGAGAAUAAAAUUGAAAAAGUUGAUGCAAAGCCACUGGUAAGUAUACUGAAGCAUUCGCUGUUCCGUUGGCCUGUGCUGGAAUCUAACAUCGGACCUGAAGGACAAUGGUCAGAAAGGAAGUUCAGCAUGCUCCAGACCCUUGCAACUCUUCGUAGUCAGUACAGUAACUCUGUCUUCAUCCGUUUGUAUGUGGCUCCUGAUGACAAAACCUCUGAUAAACACAUCUUAAAGCUAGACCAAGCAACCCUGUCUCUAACCGCACGGGAAGAUUACCUUGAUAAUACCACAGAAGCUAAAUCUUACAGAGAAGCCUUUUUGCAGUUCAUGGUUGAUAUUGCAGUGCUUUUGGGUGCUAAUGCCUCACGGGCAGAGUCUGAUAUGAAGUCAGUUCUGAAACUGGAAAUUAAAAUAGCUGAGAUAAUGAUUCCACAGGAAAAUCGAACCAGUGAGAUUAUGUACAAUAGAAUGAACAUAUCUGAACUUAGCGCCAUGAUCCCUCAGUUUGACUGGGUGGGAUAUAUCAAGAAGGUGAUUGACACUAAACUCUACCCUCACCUUCAAGAUAUAGGUCCUUCAGAAAACGUGAUUGUCCGUGUGCCCCAGUACUUCAAAGAUUUGUUCAGGAUACUAGAAAAAGAAAGGAAAAAGACUAUUGCCAACUAUCUGGUAUGGAGGAUGGUUUAUUCAAGAAUAUUUAACCUCAGCCGACGCUUUCAGUAUAGAUGGCUGGAAUUUUCGCGGGUAAUCCAGGGAACCACAUCUUUACUGCCUCAGUGGGAUAAAUGUGUAAACUUUGUAGAAGGAGCACUCCCUUAUGUCGUUGGCAGGAUGUUUGUGGAUGUCCAUUUUCAAGAAGACAAGAGAGAAAUGAUGGCAGAGUUGACUGAAGGGAUUCGCUGGGCUUUUGUCGACAUGUUGGAAAAGGAAAAUGACUGGAUGGAUGCAAGAACAAAAAGGAAAGCUAAAGAAAAGGCAAAAGCGGUUUUAGCAAAAGUGGGCUAUCCUGAGUUUAUAAUGAAUGACACAUAUAUUAAUGAAGACAUCAAAACAGUAAGUGUUGUGACAAAGUGGUUUACUAGUCCAACCACUGUCAACGCUUUCUAUAGUGCAUCGACCAACCAGAUCAGAUUCCCAGCAGGAGAACUCCAAAAGCCUUUCUUUUGGGGGACAGAAUAUCCUAGGUCUUUAAGUUAUGGUGCCAUUGGGGUAAUUGUUGGGCAUGAGUUUACCCAUGGAUUUGAUAAUAAUGGUCGUAAGUAUGACAAGAAUGGGAAUUUAGACCCCUGGUGGUCCACUGAGUCUGAAGAAAAAUUCAAAGAGAAGACAAAAUGCAUGAUUAACCAGUACGAUAAUUAUUAUUGGAAGAGAGCUGGCCUAAAUGUAAAAGGGAAGAGGACUUUGGCAGAAAACAUUGCAGACAAUGGAGGUUUGCGAGAGGCUUUCAGGGCCUAUAGGAAAUGGAUUGAAGACAAGAGGAAAGGAGUAGAGGAGGCUUUGUUACCAGGCAUUGAAUUCACCCACAAUCAGCUCUUCUUUCUCAGUUAUGCUCAUGUGAGAUGCAAUUCUUUCAGACCAGAGUCAGCAAGAGAGCAAAUCUAUACUGGAGUUCACAGCCCUCCUCAAUUCAGAGUUAUUGGUGCAAUGAGCAACUUCGAGGAGUUCCGUAAAGCUUUCAAUUGCCCAGCAAAUUCAACCAUGAAUAGAGGUUCAGAAUCCUGUCGGCUAUGGUAGAUGGUCUUUUUAAAUCCGGUGCCAAGAGAGUUGUUUUUAUAUAUAUAUAUAUAAACUGCUGUUUCUGAACUCUAACCCACUGCUACAGCUUCAGAGCAACAUUCAGCAAUAUAGAAAGGUUUUAUUUUUUUUAAUGCAUCUUCAUCAUCUGGCUGAAACU